AAUGGCUUGACAAUAGAUCUAGGAUAAUUAGUGAAAAUAGAUAAUGGGUUGUGGGAAGAAGGUUGUUGAUGCAUUGUUGUUCUUUUUCUUCCUGACUUUUGUCCUAACUACGCCCAUCCUCGAUGCCGAUUACAUUUUGCCAAAGGAAUUGAUACCAAAAUUUGUGGUGGAUGUGAAGAAUUUUUACAUUAAUCUAGUUGGGGAUUAUCUUGUUGUAGAGAAACCACAUUUCUUCGUAGGGUUAACAUGGUUUGAUAUUCUAAUUGUCUGGCCACUUUCCAUUCUCAACAUCUAUGCUAUUCUUGCCGGCAAAUCUUGGUUUUCAACAACCUCUUUGAUCCAAGGCGUCGGUGUCUUCACUUCAAUAAUACCUAUAUUGGCAGAUAUUUAUCUAUCAGGAAAAGGAAGUGUGAAGAUGCAAUUGGCGUACUACCCUUUCUUGGCUUUCUCCAUUUUAGCCAUUCUCAGGGGGCUGCUGCCUUGUUUCGGCGGCACGUCUGCAAUAGCUACAGCUAUAAAGAAGAGGGUUUGAAGCCUUGAACGCGACCAAUAUUAUGUUUUUUGCAAUUUCUGAUUGUCUCAUUCUUCAUUUAUUCAAUUGCUAGCAAAAUAAAAUAAAAUAGUUAAGGUGUGUUAAACCUCUUAUAUUAUCUUAUCGUAGAAGAAAAUAGUAUUAUCAUUUCUUUUGGAAAACAGGGGAUUGACAAAACUAGGAAAGUCACU